AUGUCCCUCGUCUCCUCCAACCCGGCCCCCCUCGCCCAGCAGACCAUAUCAUCCGCCGUCGCGCAGUACAGGACCAGCCCGUCGACGCACGCCCAAGCGGCCCUCGACGCGCUCACCAAGCUCAGGGGCGUGGGCCCCGCCACCGCGUCCCUCCUGCUCAACGUCCACGACCCCGGAAACGUAGUCUUCUUCUCCGACGAGGCGUACUACUGGCUCUGCCGCGGCGGGAACAAGGACGCGCCCAUCAGGUACACGCCCAGCGAGUACGCGCAGCUGCGGCAGCGCGCGGGCGAGCUAGCGCGCAGGCUGGGCGUCGGCAUGGUCGACGUGGAAAAGGUCGCGUACGUGGUGGUAAAGGGCAAGUCGGGGACAAACAUCCAGGGGCUCGCCGCCGCCGGCAAAGCUGGGAAGAGGGCCGCCGCCGCCGCAGGCAAGGACAAGAAGAAAGCCGUCGGCAGGGACGCCGCGGAAACGAAGCAGAGCGCGCCGAAACGACGGACGGACGGCGGCGGCGAUGAGACGGGGUUGCGGCGAUCAAAGAGGCACAGGGCCUGA